AUGAUGACUGCAACGGUGAAUUCGGGGUCAUUUGCACCCGUCGAUGUGGGCCAGGCCAGUGAAACUGCUAAAAGCCCCGGACACUCAGGUCAUCGAAAUCCUCAGGAUCCUCCAGCGAAAACCUCUGACUCGAAGAUUGUUCGACUGAAGCUUACCAAACCAAGACGACCAAGAAGCAACCCUCAGGAGGUAGAUUGGGAUGAAGAUCUCCGGCCUACGCCAAAUGAGAUAGUCGAGGCCAAUGCAAGCCGUGGAAGAACCUCUGUUGCGCAUACAGGUCCCAAGAAAUCGAAGACAAUUGAUAUAAGAACAAUCAACAAGCGGACAAAGCCAUCGAAACCAUCAACUGCCCCAGCCAAGCGCAGAAAGUCAAACCCGACAAAGAGCAACACAGCCAAGCAAGAGAAGGCCAAACCAUCACAGCUGCCAUUGAUAACUCUUGCAGCAAGUGCCCUCGCCGCUACCAUUGACAAAGAUGAGCCACCGCUGCCAAAUCAGUUGAAUCAUCCUGUCGUGAAGAACAUCAAGGAUCUACCCGGGGCCUCUCAUCAGACAUCUCCACCAAAGGAUAACAACAAGAAAAAAGCAGAGACUAGCCCUCGCGUGAGUGUCGAGAUUCGAAGCAGCAGAUCAGUGACAAGUGACUCUUCUUCGGGUUUCGAUUAUGGCAUCAAGUUUCCGUCUCAAAGCCAGAAGAUCAGCAUCCUGGAGCAUAAGGCACAGCUCAACAAACAAAAUAGCAAUAGCCAGGUCGUUACUGCGCGAGCCGAUACAUCUUCCAGUUCCGACGGCAGUGCGAAAAAGCAAAUUCAAGAGAAUGCUUCCAAGAUCACCAUUCAUGAGUCAAAAGCACAGAGGAAAAGUACGAAGACCAAGGUUGUCCGUGAGACGAGCGUUUCCAAGAAAAACGGCAGAGCUCAGAAUGUGGGCAAUAAACUCAUGCUCGCGCUUCACGGGAAUGAAGAGUCUCAGCAUGAGCCUAUCGUUAAGGAUGAUGCCCCUAUCAUCAUCUCAUCUGAUCUAGUCGAGCCCGAAAAGUCUCCCCAGAAGAGACAGCCCGAGUCGCCGCCGGUCCAGGCUGCACUGAAGCCUGCAGAAAUCGAGCGAGUACCGGAAGGAAGAGUUUCUGUUGGGAGUCGUCAGCAUCAAGUCAAGUCUGAAACAAUUAAACCACCGUCCCCAGUCAUCACCAAUAAAACCAAAGAAGCUGAAGAGAUAGAUGCGACAGGCGGAAUGGCCACCUGGGGCUCCUUCUUGGAGUCCCUGGGACAUAGCUCAAGAUCUAGCACCGAAGACUGCUCUGAUAUUGAACUAGGCAGAGGUCUGAUGGAUGAUGGCCCUUCGAUUCUUGACUACCACAUGGGCACAGAACAUUUGUCCGGGUUUGAGGCCUUGCAACCCAUACGAUCUGGACCGACCACGUCUUCACAACUGACUAAACCCUGUGAAAGUCCGGCACCCACCUCGUCGGAUACUUCAAUCGCAGGAAAGACAAUCGAUCCCACAGCAGUAUGCAUCGAGAAACAUAAAUCCAGUCAUACACCCGAGUCUCAGAAGCCUCUUUUGCCCAACGACACCCUGACGGAAUUCAACUAUGCAUCUCCCCAGCACUCCAAGUCAAUUUCAAAAGCAAGCAUCGUCGACAGAAAUGGCAGUCCCCGACUCGUGCCCCAGUCAACUAGGAGCACGGUUGCACUUCAACUUGAUUUGGAUGGCGAACCGAUCUAUGAAGAAGAGGCCAGAAUCGCUGACAUCAGCCCAAGUGAGUAUGAUCGAAGCCAAAGCGAACCUUCCACAGAGGGUAAAUACGAUAGCGUCAUCUGGACCAAGUUCCAGAGAGAUAUGUUCAAGGCAUACGGAAUCGAAACAGAUAGACUACCCAAAUCUCACCCCUGGCCGCCGCAAACCAAGCACCAACAACCAUCCUUCUCGCAGGAAGAGACAGUUGAUGGUGCUAACCCACACAAGGGAUCAGCGACUGGCCCAACUUCUUCCCAACAAACCAUCGAAGAAAGGGGACUGGGCGUCCAAACUUCAGGAAAAUUUGACCGAUCAUUCUGCAGCGAGAUAUCGGGAUCAGCACAGCCAGAUAUGCAAUCACACCGCUCCUCGGACGAAGACCCAAUGGAUUGGACAUCGACCUUGCAAGCGGCACAGAAAGACGCAUACAAUCUGCUUCAUCAGACUAAUGCGAAUCUCUCCAUCCAGCUGGCUGCAGAGAAAGCCACCGUCACACGCGUACUCGAGAUUUACCGUCAAGGUUGCGGUCGGAUGCUAGAUGAUUUAUUCCGGGCGCAAGAAUCCCGUAUGCAGCUAUAUCGGCAGCAAAUGCAAUACGUCAAAGAGCAGCACGCAGAUAUUUGUCAAGAUCUGUUCUUCAUUGACAACCCUAAUGUGGGCAACACCAACCACCUCGAAGAUUCACGCAGUAAGUCUCAAUUUCUCCCAAAACCUCUCCAAACCCCUCUCCAAACCCCUCUAACCUCUCCAGUUCUCGGCUACAACCCCCUCACCCCACCCAAUCUCCUCCAACAUGAAAUCGCCUUAACCGAGAAAUCUCGCCAAACGGUCCUCCAAGGGCGCUCCGAGGCCGUCGAGGUCGUACAUGGCACAGACAAAAAACACCGCUUGAUGGUAGUAAUUGGACCAUGCUCAAUCCACGACCCUGAAAUGGCACUGGAAUACUGCGACCGCCUAAUGAAGAUGAAGGAGAAGUACGCAGACGACCUGCUGAUCGUGAUGCGCUCGUACCUCGAGAAGCCGCGCACAACAGUCGGCUGGAAGGGCCUCAUCAACGACCCGGACAUUGACAACUCGUUCAAGAUCAACAAGGGUCUGCGCAUGUCGCGCCAACUUUUCGUCGACCUCACGAAUAAGGGCAUGCCCAUUGCCUCCGAAAUGCUGGAUACCAUCUCGCCGCAGUUCCUGGCAGAUUGUCUGUCUGUGGGUGCUGUCGGGGCUCGCACCACCGAGUCGCAGGUUCACCGGGAGUUGUCGUCUGGUCUUUCUUUCCCCGUUGGAUUCAAGAAUGGAACGGAUGGGUCGCUGGAUGUUGCUGUUGAUGCCAUUGGAUCUGUUAAGCAUCCCCAUCACUUCCUUUCUGUUACGAAGCCCGGUGUUGUUUCUAUUGUUGGAACCGUUGGAAACCCGGAUUGUUUCGUGAUUCUGCGGGGUGGAAAGAAGGGCCCGAACUACGAUGCUGCUAGUAUUGCGGAUGCCAAGGAUAAGCUUAAUGCUAAGGGCAUGCGGCCUCGCUUGAUGGUUGACUGCAGCCAUGGAAACUCGGAGAAGAACCACAAGAAUCAGCCUAAGGUUGCUGCUGUUAUUGCUGAGCAGCUUUCUGCCGGUGAGGAGGCUAUCAUGGGUGUUAUGAUUGAGAGUAACAUCAACGAGGGCAACCAGAAGGUUCCCGCAGAGGGCAAGGCUGGUCUCAAGUACGGUGUCAGUAUCACCGAUGCCUGUAUCCACUGGGAGGAUACCGUAGAUGUGUUGGAGACCCUUGCUCAGGGUGUUCGUGCUCGCCGCGAGAAAUUGGCCGCAAAAUAA